CAAGCUGUGUUGUUGGGAUAUUCAGGAUUAAAGAUGGCCACCGGCAGAAGGAGAAGGGACACUAGCCACUCCAGCAUUGCAGCGUUAUUCCUCAUUGAUGGAUAAAAUGAAAACAGAAAGCCGUCAUUAACAAACCUUCAUUCUCCCUAACCCUGAUCCCUGUGGAUUAAAAAAAAAAAAACAACAAAUCAAAACCAAACCACCGACUACCUGUGCUUGCUUGCUUCUCAAGAUGAACAUGGUGAAGAGGAUCAUGGGGCGGCCCCGGCUGGAGGAGUGCAGCCCGCAGGACAACGCGCUGGGCCUCAUGCACCUGCGCCGCCUCUUCACAGAGCUCUGCCACCCGCCGCGUCACAUGAGCCAGAAGGAGCAGGAGGAGAAGCUGUACAUGAUGCUGCCUGUCUUCAACAGGGUGUUUGGCAAUGCGCCCUCAAGUACAAUGACAGAGAAGUUCUCUGACCUCCUCCAGUUUACAACACAAGUAUCACGAUUAAUGGUCGCUGAGAUCAGAAGGCGGGCACCUAACAAAUCAACAGAGGCUGCCAGUCGGGCCAUCGUUCAGUUUCUGGAGGUGAAUCAGAGUGAGGAGGCUAGUCGAGGCUGGAUGCUGCUCACUACCAUCAACCUGCUGGCGUCGUCGGGGCAGAAAGCGGUGGAUUGCAUGACCACAAUGUCGGUGCCGUCCACACUGGUCAAGUGCUUGUACCUGUUCUUUGACCUCCCUCACGUGCCGGAGGUUCCCGGAGCUGCCCAGACUGAGCUGCCCCUUGCGGAACGCAGGGCUCUGCUGCAGAAAGUCUUUGUGCAGAUCCUGGUGAAGUUGUGCAGUUUCGUGUCCCCAGCAGAAGAGCUUGCACAGAAAGAUGACCUGCAGCUGUUAUUCAGUGCAAUAACAUCAUGGUGUCCUCCCCACAACCUGCCUUGGAGGAAGAGCGCAGGGGAAGUGCUGAUGACAAUAUCACGACAUGGCCUCAGUGUCAAUGUAGUCAAGUACAUUCACGAGAAAGACUGUUUGGCCACAUGCAUUCAGAACAUGCAGCAGUCAGAUGACCUUUCUUCCCUGGAGAUUGUGGAAAUGUUUGCUGGGCUGUCUUGCUUUCUGAAAGACUCCAGCGUUGUAUCACAGACAUUGCUGGAUGAUUUCAGGAUCUGUCAGGGAUACACUUUCCUUUGUGAUCUAAUGCUGAGGUUGGAGCAAGCAAAAGAGGAUGAUUCCAAAGAUGCUCUGAAAGACUUGGUUAAUGUGGUCACUUCACUGACAGUGUAUGGAGUGACUGAGCUCAAGCCUGCUGGCAUCACCACUGGGGUGCCCUUUCUCUUGCCAGGGUUUGCUGUGCCACAGCCCACAGGAAAAGGCCACACCGUGCGGAACAUCCAAGCCUUCUCUGUGCUUCAGAACGCCUUUCUUAAAGCGAAAACCUGUCGCCUCACCGGAAUCAUCCUGGAUGCAAUUUCAAACAUUUACAUGGCAGACAGCGCCAAUUACUUCAUCCUGGAGUCCCAGCACACUUUGUCGCAGUUUGCAGAAAAGAUGUUGAAGAUGUCGGAGGUGCAGACCAAAUAUUUUGAGCUGUUGGAGUUUGUGGUUUUCAGUUUGAACUACAUCCCCUGUAAAGAGUUGUUCAGCGUGAGCAUGCUGCUGAAGUCCAGCUCCUCUUACCAGUGCAGUAUGGCAGCGACGCAGACCCUACUGAAGUUCAGCCGCCACGACCCCCUCUUCAGAGACGUGUUCAGAGAGGUGGGGCUGAUGGAGGUCCUGGUGAACAUGCUGCACAAGUACGCUGCGCUGCUGAAGGACCCCACACAGGGGUUGAACGAGCAAGGAGAGUCUAAUAAUAGCUUAAUGGAGGACCAAAAGCAAUUGGCGUGGCUGGUGAUGGAGACCUUAACAGUGCUUCUGCAAGGGUCCAACACAAAUGCAGGUAUUUUCCGGGAGUUUGGCGGUGCCAGGUGUGUCCAUAACAUUGUGAAGUACCCCCAGUGCAGGGAGCAUGCUCUGCUGAUUAUCCAGCAGCUGCUGCUGUCCCCCAGUGGAGAUGAUGACAUGGGCACUCUGCUAGGGUUAAUGCACUCGGCACCACCCACAGAACUGCAGCUCAAAACACAUAUACUCAAGGCCCUUCUCGCUGUCUUGAGAGAGAGUCACCGCACCAGGACAGUGUUCAGAAAGGUCGGAGGAUUUGUUUAUGUCACCUCUCUGCUGGUUGCCAUGGAGAGGUCCUUGUGUUCUCCCCCUAGAAACGGCUGGGAGACAGUCAGCCAGAAGCAGUUGUUUGAACUGCUGCACACAGUGUUCUGCACACUGACUGCUGCCAUGCGCUAUGAGCCUGCCAACUCCCACUUCUUCAGCACAGAGAUCCAGUACGAGAAGCUGGCGGACGCAGUGAGGCUGCUGGGCUGCUUCUCUGACUCCAAGAAACUCUCCCCGGCAACAGUCUUCCCAUCAAACUCUCAACCCUUCCAGAGGCUGCUUGAAGAGGAGCUCCUCCCAGGGGACAGUGUGUCUCCCAGUCUGAGGCACUGCAGCAAGCUCUUCAUCUACCUGUACAAGAUGGCCACAGAUUCCUUUGACAGUCGUGCUGAGCAGGUGCCUCCUUGCCUGACACGCGAGACCUCCCUCCCCUCCCCGUGGGGGACCCCAGCUCUGCCAAGGAAAAGACACGGCUAUCACUUAGUGUCGGCCCCGGGGCCCGUCCUUCCUCUGAAGCAAGUCACUGAGCUGAAGCUGCACUCUGGAGAUGCUCCCCUGCACUCCCCCGAUGCAGUCGUCAUCCACCCUGGAGCGGUGCUGGCCAUGCUGGACCUCCUGCCCUCUGUCAGCUGUGACACCCACCCUGAGCACGCCUUAGACCUCCAGCUGGCGGUGGCUAACAUCUUGCAGCUGCUGGUUCACACAGAGAGAAAUCAGCAGAUGCUGUGUGAGGCAGCCCUUCACUCCAGACUGCUCCAGCGGUGCAGCUCUGCCCUGGCUGACGAGGACCACCCCCUCCACCCCCCACUGCAGAGGAUGUUUGAAAGGCUGGCCUCUCAGGCCUUACAGCCCAUGGUCCUGAGGGAAUUUCUCCGCCUGGCAAAUCCGUUGAAUUGCGGUGCUUGGGACAAGAAGCUAUUGAAACAGUACAGAGUCCACAAGCCCAGUUCUGUAUGGUUUGAAGCUGAAAUGAGAAACAGUAUGACCAUGUCGAUGGAGGGUCCGGACAGCGUGUUCGCUGUGAAUGAAGAUAAUAACCAGUACAGGAUAAGCAGGAGUCUGGUGAGGUCAGCAGAAGGAAGCACAGUGCCUCUAACCAGAGUGAAGUGCCUGGUCUCCAUGACAACCCCACAUGAUAUCAGGCUUCAUGGCUCAGCAGUCACCCCAGCCUUUGUGGAGUUUGACACAUCUCUGGAAGGGUUUGGCUGCCUCUUCAUGCCAAGUUUGGCUCCACAUAAUGCUCCUUCGAAUAAUGUCCCUGCAUCUGGAGUCAGUGAUGGGGCUGUUGUCAGUGGAAUAGGAAAUGGUGAAAGGCUGUUCCCACCUCCGUCUGGCCUAACCUACUCCUCAUGGUUUUGCAUUGAGCGCUUCAGCACCCCUCCUAAUCACCACCCUGUGCGGCUCCUCACUGUGGUGCGAAGGGCCUCCUCCUCAGAGCAGCACUAUGUGUGCCUGGCCAUCGUCCUCUCCGCAAAGGACAGGUCCCUCACCGUGUCCACCAAAGAGGAGCUGCUGCACAGUUAUGUGGAUGACUUCAGCGAGGAAUCCUCUUUCUACGAGAUCCUCCCCUGCUGUGCUCGUUUCCGCUGUGGUGACCUCAUUAGUGAGGCGCAGUGGCAUCACCUAGUGUUGGUGAUGAGUAAGGGCAUGCUGAAGAACAGCACAGCCACACUCUACAUUGAUGGGCAGCUGGUAAACACUGUCAAGCUCCACUAUGUCCACAGCAGCCCUGGUGGCUCUGGCUCCACAAACCCCCCGGUGGUCAGCACGGUGUACUGCUAUGUGGGCUCUCCCCCUGCCCAGCGCCAGCUCUCCACACUGGUGUGGCGCCUCGGGCCCACACACUUCCUGGAGGACGUCCUCCCUGCUUCCAGUGUCUCCACCAUUUAUGAACUCGGACCAAACUACGCUGGCAGCUUCCAAGCAGUUUACCUUCCAGGUAAAGACUCCAAGGCUGAAGCCGCUGGCUCCUGUCCUGUGGCCCUGGUGCCUGAGGAGAAGGUUUCCUUUGGGCUCUCUGCACUCUCUGUGUCUGCGCUCACUGUGGCCAAGAUCAGGAAAGUGUACAACAAGCUGGACGGCAAAGCCAUCGCUAAACAGCUGACCGUUUCCUCCCAUGAAAAUGCUACCCCAGUCAAGCUAUUGCACAACUCUGCAGGACAUCUAAAUGGACCAGCGCGCACUAUUGGGGCUGCUGUCAUUGGGUACCUAGGAGUGAGAGAAUUUGUUCCUAAACCAGUUGCAACGAACCUGCAGUAUAUCGGGGGAGCUGCAGCCACCCUUGGCCUGGUUGCCAUGGCAUCAGAUGUUGAGGGACUGUAUGCUGCAGUAAAAGCUCUGGUGUGUGUAGUGAAGAGCAACUCUCUAGCCAGCAAGGAGAUGGAAAGAAUCAAAGGCUAUCAGUUACUUGCAAUGCUGCUGAAGAAGAAACGCUCCCUUCUCAACAGCCAUAUUCUUCAUCUCACCUUCUCCCUGGUGGGUACAGUGGACAGCGGCCAUGAAACCUCCAUCAUUCCCAAUUCCACUGCCUUCCAAGACCUGCUUUGUGAUUUUGAGGUCUGGCUUCAUGCUCCAUAUGAACUGCACCUGUCCCUGUUUGAGCACUUCACUGAACUUCUUACAGAAUCAAGUGAGGCAGAUAAAAAUGCCAAGUUACUGAGAGAGUUCCAGCUGAUCCCCAAGUUGCUGCUCACGCUAAGAGAUACCUCCCUGUCCCAGCCCACCAUUGCAGCCAUCAGUAAUGUGCUCAGUCUUCUGCUCCAGGGCUUCCCGAACAGCAAUGAUGUACUCAGGUUUGGUCAGUUCAUCUCCUCAACACUGCCUACCUUUGCAGUCUGUGAAAAGUUUGUGGUAAUGGAGGUUAACAAUGAUGAAAUGAUAGAUGGAGGAAAUGAAGAUGAUUUUGGGGGGCUUCUUUCUGCUAACCUCAUCUUGUUAAGGAACUGUCUGCUGGACAUCUUACUGAAACUGCUGUUCACCUCGAAGGAGAAGAUCACUGUUAAUGCACAAGCCUGUGAGGACCUGGUGAAGAUCCUGGGUUUUGAUUGGCUCCUGAUGUUCAUGGAGGAGCACCUUCACUCCAGCACAGUCACUGCUGCCAUGAGGAUCCUCAUAGUCCUGCUCAGCAACCAGCCCAAUCUCACCCGCUUCAAGGAAGGGCUCACAGGGGGAGGCUGGCUGGACCACACUGACUCUGUGCUUACCAACAAGAUCGGCACUGUACUGGGUUUCAAUGUUGGUAGAAGUGCAGGUGGUAGAUCCACAGUGCGGGAGAUUAACCGUGAUGCUUGUCACUUCCCGGGCUUCCCUGUUCUUCAGACCUUCUUACCCAAACAUACCAACGUCCCCGAGCUCUACUUCCUGCUGAUGGCCCUGUUCCUGCAGCAGCCAGUCACUGAGCUGCCUGGGAACCUACAGUUUGAUCUAGACUCCAUCUGGACAUUUAUUUUUGGAGUUCCUGCUUCCAGUGGACCUGCGGUGGGAUCGAUUCAUAAUGUUUGCACUGAGGCUGCCUUCUUACUGCUUGGGAUGCUCAGGAGCAUGCUCAAUCUACCCUGGCAGUCUGAGGAGGAGGGGUCCUGGCUGCGGGAAUACCCAGUCACUCUCAUGCAGUUCUUCCGGUAUCUGUAUCACAAUGUUCCAGAUCUAGCUCCAAUGUGGAUCAGCCCCGAAUUCCUCUGUGCGCUGGCAGCCACAGUCUUUCCUUUCAACAUCCGGCCCUAUUCAGAGAUGGUCAGUGAUCUAGAUGAUGAAGUUGGCUCUCCUGCAGAAGAGUUUAAAACCUUCACUGCCGACACUGGCAUGAACCGCAGCCAGUCUGAAUACUGCAAUGUGGGGUUAAAGACCUAUCUGACCAACCACCCGGCCAAGAAGUAUGUGUUUGACUUCAUGAGGGUCCUCAUCAUGGACAACCUCUGCCUGACACCAGCCAGCAAGCAGACUCCCAUCAUUGACCUUCUGCUGGAGGCUUCACCAGAAAGGUCAACUAGAACCCAACAGAAAGAGUUUCAGACUUCCAUCGUGGACAGUGUAAUGGAGCACCUGCUUGCUGCUGAGGUCCUUCUGGGGGAAGAUGCCUCCCUGCCCAUCACGAGUGGAGGAAGUUACCAGGUCCUGGUGAACAAUGUGUUUUAUUUCACUCAGCGAGUCGUGGACAAGCUCUGGCAGGGAAUGUUCAACAGGGAGUCCAAGAUGGUCGUGGACUUCAUCAUUCAGCUCAUUGGACAGUCUAAGAGAAGAUCUCAAGGCCUGUCGCUGGACUCCAUCUACCACGGCCUGAACAGGACCAUCCUCUAUCAACUCUCCAGACCCCACAAAACUGUCCCGCAGCAGGUGGCUCUCCUGGACUCGCUCCGGGUCCUCACCGUCAACAGGAACCUCCUUCUGGGCCCCGGGAACCACGAUCCGGAGUUCCUUGGCUGUCUGGCACAUUGUUUCAUCAGCCUCCAUGCAGGGAGCAGUGCGGAUGGAUUUGGCUUGGAGGCAGAAGCUAGAAUGACAACGUGGCACAUCAUGAUGCCCUCUGACAUUGAACCAGAUGUCCUUCACAGUCAAGAUGUUAGUGAAGGACGGCAGCUUCUGCUGAAAGCAGUGAACAGAGUGUGGACGGAGCUCAUUCUCAGUAAGAAGCAGGCACUGGAGGAUAUAUUUAAAGUGCCUCUGCCUACAAACGAUCGCGGGCACAUUGACAUUGCCACGGCCCGAGCACACAUUGAGGAGGCUGCUCUGAAGAGCUGGCAGAACUACCUGGCCCAUGAGAAGAAGUGCAUUAGCAGAGGCGAGGCUAUCGCUCCAGUCACACAGUCCAAGCUGUCCAGAGUCAGCAGUGGCUUUGGUCUUUCCAAACUCACUGGAUCCAGGCGCAACAGGAAGGAGAGUGCAAUAAACAAGAAUAACCUCUCUGCACAGGAGACGUUUCAGUGGAUGUUCACCCAUAUUGCUGUUGUGCGGGAUUUGGUGGCCAUGCAGUAUAAAGAAUAUCAGGAGCGACAGCAGAAUGCUCUGAAGUACGUCUCUGAGGAGUGGGCUCAGAUUGAGUACGAGCUCCUAAGGGAGAGGGGCCUGUGGGGGCCGCCCAUCGGGUCCCACCUGGACAAGUUUCUGCUGGAGAUGACUGAAGGGCCUUGCCGCAUGAGGAAGAAGAUGGUUCGCAAUGACAUGUUUUACGUCCACUACCCCUGCGUUCCAGACAGCGAUCAGGAAACCAGCAAUCUGAAACCGACCCGCUACCGAAGAGCAGUAAGUUACGACAGUAAAGAGUACUUCAUGCGGCUGCUCUCUGGAAACCCUGGCAUGUAUCAGCACUCCAUGGAGCAGACUUCAGUGAGGGAGACCACUCAGCAAGAGCACGAGCAUGGGGAGGAUACCAUUGCCAAGGUCAAAGGGCUUGUGAAGCCCCCUCUGAGACGUUCCCGCUCCACUGCUGAGGGGCCGGACGAGGACAGCCAGGACCAGAUGCAGGAGCAGCUCCUGGAGGCCGGCGCAAUGGAUGAAGAGGAGAAGACCAACAACAGCACCCUGCUACGGCUGCUGGAGGAGGGGGAGAAGAUUCAGCAUAUGUACAGAUGUGCGCGAGUUCAAGGGCUUGACACCAGCGAGGGCCUCCUGUUGUUUGGAAAAGAGCAUUUCUAUGUGAUUGACGGCUUCACAAUGACAGUCACCAGAGAAAUCAGGGACAUUGAGACGCUGCCACCAGACAUGCAUGAAGCUAUUAUUCCCAGAGGGGCCAGGCAAGGUCAAAGCCAGCUCAAGAGAACCUGCAGUAUUUUUGCUUAUGAAGACAUCAAAGAAGUGCACAAACGAAGGUACCUCCUGCAGCCCAUUGCAGUCGAAGUAUUUUCCGGUGAUGGUCGAAAUUACCUUUUGGCAUUCCAGAAAGGGAUUAGAAAUAAAGUGUACCAGAGGUUUCUGGCUGUUGUGCCUUCACUGGCUGACAGUUCAGAGUCGGUUUCUGGUCAGCGCCCGAACACCAGUGUGGAGCAGGGCUCUGGUCUGUUGAGUACAUUGGUUGGAGAGAGGUCUGUGACACAGAGAUGGGAGAGAGGAGAGAUCAGCAAUUUCCAGUACCUGAUGCAUCUGAAUACAUUGGCUGGCAGGUCCUACAAUGAUCUCAUGCAGUACCCAGUCUUCCCAUGGAUCCUUGCGGACUAUGAUUCAGAGGAACUUGAUCUCACCAAUCCCAAUACGUUCCGAAACCUAGCUAAGCCAAUGGGAGCACAGACUGAUGACAGGCUGGCCCAGUAUAAGAAGAGAUUCAAAGACUGGGAGGACCCUACUGGUGAAACUCCAGCCUAUCAUUAUGGGACACACUACUCCUCUGCCAUGAUUGUGGCUUCCUAUCUGCUUAGAAUGGAGCCUUUCACCCAGAUCUUCUUAAGACUGCAGGGUGGGCACUUUGACCUUGCUGACAGAAUGUUUCACAGUGUGCGAGAGGCCUGGUAUUCUGCAGCAAAACACAACAUGGCCGAUGUCAAGGAACUCCUCCCCGAAUUCUUCUACCUUCCCGAGUUCCUCCUCAACUCCAACAACUUUGACCUAGGUGCUAAACAGAAUGGCACCAAGCUGGGGGAUGUGAUACUGCCCCCAUGGGCUAAAGGGGACCCAAGAGAGUUCAUCCGUGUGCAUCGAGAGGCACUGGAGUGUGACUAUGUCAGUGCACACCUGCAUGAAUGGAUAGACCUGAUCUUCGGUUACAAACAGCAGGGCCCUCCGGCAGUGGAGUCUGUGAAUGUCUUUCAUCACCUCUUCUACGAGGGCCAGGUGGACAUCUACAACAUCAAUGAUCCGCUCAAAGAGACGGCUACAAUAGGAUUCAUUAAUAACUUUGGGCAGAUACCCAAGCAGUUGUUUAAGAAGCCUCAUCCACCCAAGCGAGUUCGGAGCAGGUCCAAUGGAGAUGUCCCAGGGAUACCGGCAUCUGUGGGUUCUGCUGGGGACAAGAUCUUCUUCCAUCACUUAGACAACCUGAGGCCUUCACUGGCCCCUGUGAAAGAACUCAAGGAGCCAGUGGGACAGAUCGUGUGCACAGACAAAGGCAUCAUGGCCGUGGAACAGAACAAGCUUCUCACUCCGCCAGCCUGGAACAAGACCUUCGCUUGGGGCUACGCAGACCUCAGCUGCAGGCUGGCACAUUACGAGUCUGACAAGGCUGUUACCGUGUACGAGUGCCUGUCUGAAUGGGGUCAGAUCCUCUGCGCCAUUUGUCCAAACCCAAAGCUGGUCAUUACAGGAGGAACAAGCACUGCAAUCUGUGUGUGGGAGAUGGGAACUUCAAAAGAGAGGGCAAAAACACUCACACUGAAACAGGCACUGUUGGGCCACACAGAUGCUGUGACAUGUCUUACAGCCUCCUCAGCCUAUCACAUCAUUGUUAGUGGAUCUCGGGACCGGACCUGUAUCAUCUGGGACCUGAACAAGCUGUUGUUCGUCACCCAGUUGCGAGGCCACAGGGCGCCGGUCUCAGCGCUCUGCAUCAAUGAGCUGACGGGUGAUAUUGUCUCUUGUGCUGGCACCUACAUCCAUGUGUGGAGCAUCAAUGGAAGCCCCAUUGUGAGCGUUAACACCUUCACAGGAAGAAGCCAGCAGAUCCUGUGCUGCUGCGUAUCCGAGAUGAAUGAAUGGGACACCCAGAAUGUGAUAGUAACAGGACAUUCUGACGGAGUGGUCCGGUUCUGGAGGAUGGAGUUUUUGCAGGUUCCAGAGACCCCUGCUCCAGGGCCAGUGGAGGUUCCAGAUAUACCUGACUGCUGUGCAGAUGACAAGAUAGAGGGAAGGGAAGCGCAGGAUGAGGAGAGCAGCGACUCUGAUGCUGACGACCAGAGCAUCAGUCAGGAGGCCAAACCCCAACCUUGCCAGAGCCAGCCUGGCAGUGCCAUCCAGAGGCCCGAAGGGGGCAAGGAGGUCCCCUCCUGGUCUGCAGACAACGAUUCGGACAACUCUCGCCGCUGGUCAGACCACCUCAGCUUGGAUGAGAAAGAUGGCUUUGUCUUUGUGAAUUACUGUGAGGGUCAAACCAGGAUCCCAGUGCAACCCCAGCCACCUCUCCUUCCCCAGCCCCAGCUCCCUCCCCCUCAGCCUCUACAGCACAGGCCUGGACCUUACAACACACUGAGACCAGGGUACAGAUGGGAGCGCCAGCUGGUCUUCAGAAGCAAGCUGACGAUGCACACUGCAUUCGAUCGCAAAGACAAUGCCCACCCAGCUGAGAUCACAUCUCUUGCAAUCUCCAAGGAUCACAGCAAGGUCCUGGUGGGGGACGGCCGGGGCAGGGUGUUCUGCUGGUCAGUGAGUGACCAGCCUGGCCGCUCUGCUGCAGACCACUGGGUGAAGGAUGAGGGAGGAGACAGCUGCUCCGGCUGCACACUGCGCUUCUCCCUUACUGAGAGGCGCCAUCACUGCAGGAACUGUGGACAGCUCUUCUGUCAGAAGUGCAGUAGAUUCCAGUCUGAGAUUAAGCGUCUAAAAAUCUCCUCCCCAGUCAGAGUGUGUCAGAACUGUUACUACAACCUGCAGCACGAGCGAGGGCCGGACGAGUGCUCCAGGAACUAGAGCUGCUGAGAAAGAGGAGGGCUCCAGGAACUAGAGCUCAGAGAGAGGAGGGCUCCAGGAACUAGAGCUCAGAGAGAGGAGGGCUCCAGGAACUAGAGCUCAGAGAGAGGAGGGCUCCAGGAACUAGAGCUCUAAGAGAGGAGAGCUCCAGGAACUAGAGCUCUGAGAGAGGAGAGCUCCAGGAACUAGAGCUCUGAGAGAGGAGAGCUGCAAGAACUGGAGCUCUGAGAGAGGAGAGCUCCAGGACCUGGAGCUCAGAGAGAGGAGAGCUCCAGGAACUAGAGCUCAGAGAGAGGAGAGCUCCAGGAACUAGAGCUCAGAGAGCAGGGCUCCAGGAACUAGAGCUCAGAGAGCAGGGCUCCAGGAACUAGAGCUGAGAGAGAGGAGGGCUCCAGCAACUAGAGCUGAGUAUUGUCAGCCAACCCCACCCCUCGAGGCACCUGAAGGAGGAGGAGGGAGGAGGACAGUGAGAUUGUGGACCUUCACAUACAUUUGUUUGUACUGUGUAUAAAGCACUGAUUUAGAAAAGGGAUCACUGAUUGUAUUAAAAUGUGUUAUGUCUGUAUGUGGCAGGUUUGGGUCCAAUAGGAUUGGAUGGUUUUAAACAAUAACACUCUUUUCUUCUUCCCCUUAUUGUCUGCUUUUUUUUUUCUUUUUUUUUUCUUGACAUCAGUUCUACCUAAAUAUCUUAAAAGAAACACUGGCUGUUUAGAUUUUAGAUAUACACUAUAUUUGGCGUCCUUGAAAAAUAAAAUGAAUUUGUUUGUAUUGUAAAUAAACACAAUGGCCUUUUUAACUUGAAAAAUUUAUUAAAAAUGUUGCCUGUUACUAGGAAUUAUGUCAAACCGCUAUUUGCUUUAAAAAAAACAAAACAAAAACAACAAAAAAAAAAAAAACGAACAUGUCAGCUGAUGCCGCUAUAUAUUUAAUGUGGGCAGAAAAAAACACCACAAUGAAUGUUUACAUGUUAAUUCCAUUCUGAGCGGAUUUUAUGUGGAUUAAAUGUAAUUAAUUCUUACCUGUUGUUUACUAUAUUGAUUUUGUUAAACUAUUGCCCACAGUAUCCUGGCGUCUGCUUCCAAUGAUGACGGUUCUAAACUACUGUCUACACAUUGAACAAUUAGACUUUCAAUUAUAUGAAACACCAAGUAAUAGCAUUGCAACAUAUCACAGAUCCCUUCAGAAUUAAAAACAUCAGUACAUAUACAGGAUGAUAAUGUCAUUUUCAGGAUAGUUCUGAUCCAGUUUGUUUGUUUUAAACAAUGUAACAUUACAUGAGCUUUGGCAAACAUAUCAUUCCAACUUAUCAUUCAACUGAUCCUGCUUGGUACUUAGCCUUAACCCUUUGCUGCCUAAUCAGAAGUCCUGUAUUUGGACUUGCACGUGAACAUGUUGUGUUUUAUUGCUUGUUGUUUGGUAACCUUAAAUCAGAAUUUAAAACCCAAUAUAUUAAUAGAAAGGUCUGAAGUAGCUGUUUCCAAUGAUAUAUUUUGUUAACUAGUGGAAUACAAAAAAAUAGAUAUGUAAGCCACGUCCCUCAUAAAAAAACGAAAAACUAUUAAUAUAUAUUUUUUUAAUAACUGAUAAUAUCGACCACUUUCCAAGUUAGAUAGAAAAAAUUAUCUGGAUAUUAUAUUUGCGAAAUUUUAUUUCUUAAUAGUAUUUCUUACAUUUACUAAAGUUCACGAAAAGCACAUUCUUUUUAUUUUCAGCAUACACAAAUAGUAAAAACAAGUUGCUGUGUGACAUCACAUAACGCAAGGCGCGUCACCGGUCAAAAAUGCACAAAAUUUGAAUGGUCCGAUGGCAAAGGGUUAAGAUGCUUUGCAUAUUGCAGCAGUUCAAGGAAAGAUAUCUCUCAAGAAAUGGUAGCAUUGAGACUUAAAAGAAGGUACAAAGCCUUCCGUAGGUACCCAGCAUUCCUUGAUACCAUUGUGACUCACUGAUUUCCGUAGGUACCCAGCGUUCCCUGAUACCAUUGAGACUCAGACUUCCGUAGGAACACGGCGUUCCCUGAUAGCAUUGAGAUUCACUGACUUCUGUAGGCACACAGCGUUCCCUGAUAGCAUUGAGGUUCACUGACUUCUGUAGGUACACAGCGUUCCCUGAUAGCACUGAGAUUCACUGACUUCCGUAGGUACCCAGCAUUCCCUAAUAGCACUGUGGAAACCCAAAUUGGGAAAAGACAAACUUCUUAAGAUGCAGAAAAUCUACCUGGCAUGCAGGCUAUUGUGUACACUGAUGUCUCCUCUCCACCUCUUUGCCUGGCGUGCAAUCUAUUGUGUACACUGUUGUCUCCUCUCCACCUCUUUGCCUGGCAUGCAAUCUAUUGUGUUCACUGAUGUCUCCUCCGCCUCUGCCUGGCAUGCAAUCUAUUGUGUUCACUGAUGUCUCCUCUCUGCCUGUUUGAAGGGUAGCUUCUUGUUUAGGAACGCAUUCUGUUUGCUAGCAAUGGAACUGGCGUGUUGAUAACGUGGUGGUGUUGGUGACUACACUAGAAUGUAAGACUUGUCAUUUUUGAUGUGCUGUCCGUCUGUAGAUAAGCUGUGGCUGUCUUCCCAUUACUGGUCUCAUCAAAUCCACUGUCUUCACUUGUUAAAUAUCAAGACUGUUUAGAACCGUUCUUUUUUUUUUUUAAUUGGUUCCAAAUUUGUGCAGAUAGCCAGGGUCCCUUGUCAGUCUACUCUGGAGUCUUUUGUUCAUAAGUAGUUUGAUGUUCUUCUUGCACUGUGAUAUCACUAGCCUGCUAAGAUAGAAGGUUGCUUUGUUUUUGGUACUGUGGGCAACAAUAGUUCUGUGUAAUCUUUAACAGGAAGAAAGCAGCCUUGAUUAGGUCACUUUCUAUGUCAUACAUAUAUAAAGUUUAUUCAUAACCAUUUUAUUACAUACAUAAAGCAUAUUCAUAACCAUUUUAUUACAUAUAACAUGUAACGAGUAGAAUUGUUUCUGUGUCCAGUUACACUAUUAGCUGUUAAAUACAGAAUGAUCUCCCCUUCUGCCAUGUAGUGUGUCCUCGUUCUUAUUAUUUAUUCAGUACUGUAUGUUUUUAUAUGUCAUGUGCAAUCAUAAUGCCAGGCUGUCGCGGAUGAUAGGACCCGCUACUGUUUCACAGCUCUCCAGAAAAUACACUGCAAAACAGUUUUGAACAAGUUGUUUUGCACCUUCUUGUUGUGUAUAAAUUGCUUGGAACCAUAAUUUUAUCAGAUGCAUUUAUUCAUGCUCUUAUAAUUUUUAAAUGACAUGUUUCUUCACAGUAAAUUAACUGUAUAAAGUAUUUAUGCAAUUAUACUGUUUUUUAAGUAUUUGUUAAUGUCAGCAAGUUUUGUUACUUGUUGCAUGAUUAUUAACACUGCUGACUUUCUGUGUCAGUGCAAUGUAUAUUUUAGUUGUUUUUUUUUUUUUAUUUUGAUUCGUGAGGCAUUCAUUAU